AAAGGAAAGCAAGAGGAACACAAGAUUUCUCCUUUGAGCAUUAAGCUGAUAUUUGACAUGGUGGCAUUAGGAAAAACGAUGAACAAUCCCACCAGUCCUCAAGAACAAAACCUUUACUCUUUCCAAAUCAAUCCAUAGUAGGUAAAGCAAGAUAUAUGUAUAUACAUUUUAUUAAACUUAGAUGUAGGUAUUUCUAGAUUCUAGACCUCAUGAUUCUUUAAUUGUCCGUGUAAAUGUCGCUUGUCAAGUUCCAGAUAGAUCUAGAUCUUUUAUAUGUUGCCGACAAAGAGAGCAAAGCUUGACAUGGAUGAUGACGGGGGGCGAUUACGUCUGCUGGAAGAUGAGCUUCAGGUCAUUCAGGCAGAGGUGGAACCCAUAGAAGUCAAACGGUCCAGCACAUCCAGAACUGAGUCGGUGACGUACAGACCCACCUACCGAGCAGUUCUCGCUAAAAAUGGCUACCUAGUGAGGAAAACAUUGGGAAAUGGCAGCUACUCAAAGGUAAAGUUGGCUAUAUCACUUAAUAAAUCGAAAUCGCUCGUAGCGGUCAAGAUCGUGGACAGAAACAAAGCUCCUAAAGACUUCCAAACAAAAUUUCUCCCUCGGGAGCUUGAUAUAUGGCCGGGCCUCCGUCAUCCGAACAUAAUCAAAGUGUUAGACGCCUUCGACGAUGGUCGUCGUGUGUAUAUGAUAUUGGAGUAUGCCGAGAAUGGUGACGUCCUGCGUUACAUUCAAAAAGUUGGUGCUCUGGUAGAGAGUUUGGCGAAAGGAUGGACAUGGCAGUUGUGCGAUGCAGUUCGGUACCUGCACGAGCUGAACAUUACCCAUCGGGACUUGAAGUUGGAGAACCUACUGCUUGAUAAGGCCUACAAUAUCAAACUCUGUGAUUUCGGAUUCGUCAAGGGGGACUGCACUCCAAACUUGAGUCAGACUUACUGUGGCUCAAAGUCUUAUGCUGCUCCAGAAAUCUUGAAAGGUGAACCAUACGACCCUAAGAAGGCAGACAUGUGGGCUAUUGGCGUCAUCCUGUACAUAUUUGUCACAGGCAAGAUGCCAUUCGACGAAAGCCGAGGAAACAGCGGAGUUCUAGAAGAACAGAAAAAGUUGGAGUUUCCCUGGCAAAAAUAUAAAAAGGUGACCAGUGAAGAGAGGGCCCUGGUCCUCAAACUGUUCACACAUGACUUCGGGGCGAGGCCAGAUAUACAACGAGUGAUGAGGACCCGAUGGAUGGAGUCUGCCAAUCAGAUUGAGUCCAAGUUAAGUGAACUAGCCACGGAAGGUAAAAACAAUCACCACAGUCACCACUACCAUCACCACCACCAUCACCAUCACCACCACAGACAUCACUCCAGAGAUAAGACCGGAGAGAAAGCAGCGGCUGAGAAACAAGCUCCAACGGCUGCCAACCCAAUGCCUUCCCAGUAGAUGGGACACCUAUGUAUGUUGUAGACAUUAGGUUUGCAUUUUGUGACCUUGACUUUAAAAUGAUGGUUCGCUGUCACUUCUGCCAGUUUCUCGAAGCCAUUCAAGAGGUUCAACUCAAUUUAUUUAUCUUUUGCCUCGUAUACACAGAUCACUGAGACUUUUGAAUAUAAUUUUAUACAAACAUUAUUUCUAUUUUUUGGUGUAAGUAACUCUUUCCAAUAAGAAAAUAAGAAUGAAGUGUUGAUGGACUUAACACUUUGUGCAUGUCUGCCAGGAAUGAUAGUUUUUUUGUUUUUUUUUCCCUUAGUCACAAACUCGCGUCUGCUGUAGAAAUCAUGCGAUAUUUGUCUAUUAAUAUCUACGCUACCAGCCAUGUUAAAACAUUGAGAUGAAUAAAUUAUGUACUCUCAAAGCAAAA